AUGGCUGACCACCUGCUGAAAAGGCUUCCCUAUACCUUCAAGGACCCUUCUCUCAUCGACACCCGCGCCUUCAUCGGAGGAAAAUGGGUUGAAGCCGCCAGUGGAAAGACAUUCUCAGUAUUUGACCCAGAAGACAACCAGCAAGUUUGCAGAGUUGCCGACCUAGGGGUUGACGAUGUGCGCACUGCGAUCAAUGCUGCGUCCGAAGCCUUUAAAACCUUCAAAAACUCCCCGCACCGCGAGCGAAGAUGGCUUAUGAGGCGAUGGGCGGAUCUAAUUAAGGAAAACAAAGACGACCUGGCUGCUAUCUGCACCUUGGAGCUGGGUAAACCGUUCACGGAAUCCUUGGUCACUGUCAAGUACGGGACAGACUUUUUGGAUUGGUUUGAAGGCGAAAUCGAGCGAGUGUAUGGAGAGACCAUCCCUGCUGCAAGGGGGAAUAACCGCAUCUUCACCGUCAAACAGCCGCAAGGUGUCGUUGCCGCCAUCACACCAUGGAACUCUCCAAUUGCGAUGGUGACUAGGAAGGUUGGCGCCGCUAUUGCCGCAGGUAACACGGUGGUUUGCAAGCCGGCUCCCGAGACGCCUCUUUGCGCGAUUGCCGUUGCGAAACUGUUUGAACGCGCAGGUGGACCGCCAGGCGUUUUGAAUAUUAUCACCAACAGUUCUGAGACCACUCCAGCCGUUGGAGCAGAACUUUGUGCUAACAGACUCAUCCGUCACCUUAGCUUUACGGGCUCGACUGCUGUUGGCAGAUAUCUGCAUACCGAGUGCUCCAAGACAUUCAAGAAGACAAGCAUGGAGCUCGGAGGAAACGCUCCUUUUAUUGUAUUUGAGGAUGCAAAUAUUGAUAAAGCCGUCGACGGAUUGAUAUCUUCUAAAUUCCGCUCAUCUGGUCAAACUUGCGUCUGCGCAAAUAGGAUCUUCGUCCAUUCAUCAAUUAUCUCGCAAUUCGCUUCCCGUCUUCAGACCCGACUUGGGGAAACAUUCACCUACGGCUCCGUUUGGGAUCGCAAAGUCAACUUUGGUCCGCUGUAUUCGCCAAAGGCUCUGGAGAAGCUCAGCCGCCAAACCAAAGACGCACUGGAACGCGGUGGCAAGCUGGUCGGCGACGACGCUGCAAAACUCCAGGCCCAAUACGGACCAAACUUUUACCCACCAACCAUCGUCACAAACGCCAAUAAGGAUAUGUUAUUCAUGAAGGAGGAGACAUUUGGCCCGCUUGCGUUCUUGGUCCCUUUUGAAACUGAGGAAGAAGUCAUCGCCUUGGCGAACGAUGUCGAUGCGGGUCUCGCUUCGUACUUUUACACCGAGGAUAUCAGCAGGAUGUACCGCGUCAGCGAGGCUUUGGAGUCCGGCAUGGUAGGAUGUAGAGUAGGCUUGAUCAGCGCGUGUGAGCAGCCAUUUGGUGGAGUUAAAGAUAGUGGCAUGGGGAGAGAGGGCGGAAAGGGUGCGCUGGACGAAUACUUGAAUAUCAAAAGUGUGACUGUUGGCGUUUGA